CGCAGACACGUAUAAAAACAUGAGAAUUCGUCUGUGUGGGACGUUGUAGUCAUAUAAAUGCCUUGACCGUUGUAAACCAAGACAUCAGUCGAGGUCGAACUCUCGAGACAGUCGGAUCUAAGAAGGAACGUUCGCUGAAGUAGUCGAUCACAACGCUGUGAAAAGAUGGCGAAAUUAAUGCUGUAUGUCUUCUUGGCGUUGGUAGCUGCUUCUCUUAUCAUGGCAGAUGAUAAGAAAACUGAUCAAACAUGCGGUCGACACGGUGACCCCUGUGUCUCUAGCUCGAGCUGCUGCCCCAAUAUGAGAUGUCAUGCUUACGCGAAUAGAUGUCAAGUCAUAAUUACCGAAGAGGAGCUGAUGGCGCAGCGAGAAAAGAUAUUGGGCCGAAGGGGUAAAGACAAUUAAGAGACGGGAUAACCGUCGGACACGGCUGCGUUAUGAUGAGCUAUGCGAUGAUAAUAUAUUUACUUCACCAUGACAAAUCUUGAGUUUUCUAGGCUGAAGACUGUGUUUUAAGAAGUUAGGAAUUAGGCAUAUAUAACGUUUUGCGCAAUGAUUUGAAAACUGAAAUAUGACGUGUGUAUGUAUAUACAUUCAUAUAUGUAUUCGGUGUAAGUAGUGCGAUAUCUCUCAGCGGAAAAGAAGAAUAAAUACAAUCCUGAGAUGUA